UCCCAAACAGUGGAAAGCGGAAAAGCAAAGAAAAGAACACACUCUCUCUCUCUUCUAGAUCUCCCUCUUCCGGCCCAGAGCUGUUGUGCUCUCUCUAUCUCACUCUUCCUCGACUAAAGUCUUCAAAGUUACUAGCUAGGUAGAGAGAGGUUUUAAUCUCUCACGGAAAUGGAAAGAUUGGCGGAGCUGAAGGUGGCUUUGGUGGUGGUGGUGGUCUUAGGUGGAGGGGUAGUAGAAGGGCAGAGCUGGUGCGUGGCGGUGAGUAACAUAAACUCUCAGUCGCUGCAGACGGCGUUGGACUAUGCAUGUGGUGCAGGUGCAGAUUGUACACCCAUCCAAGCUAGCGGGCUUUGCUACCAACCUAAUACUGUGCAGUCUCACGCCUCUUACGCCUUCAAUAGCUACUACCAACGCAUGGGAGAGGCCACUGGCGCCUGCGUCUUCGGUGGCACUGCUACUAUUGCCACCUCUGAUCCCAGUUAUGGAUCUUGUGUUUACCCAUCCUCCCAAAGUGCGGCUGGAGGAAACACAUCGACCACCACACCAACAUCGACGACACCGACCACGACAACGCCAACAUCAACUACACCGUUCUACGGUUUAGGGCCAAGCUCAGCAUACCCCUCCACCACCACUAACAGAGCUUCUUUCCGGACACCAAUUACUAUUGUCUUGCCUUCCUCCUUGUUACUGCUUUCACUUGUUUAUUCACUCAUGUAAUCUAUGUUCAAAGAUAGGAUUUUAUAUUAUUUUUUCUUUGAGAAGGGGGGCUUCAUUUUUUUUCAAUGUUCAGGCCCUAUUUGCUAGUGACAUCUUAUUCCUAUCUUGUCUCUAAAUAAUUUAUACCUAUUUUUCUUUUCUCCU